AAUAAGUCCAUAAGCCAUCUAUUCAGGAACAGCUGGUGGAGGUUGUUUUCUGAUGAAUCAUAGAGCUCAAAAUGGUAUAUGCUUUGGAUAUGAUUCAAAUCUCAAAGGCUAAAGUCUGUAAGUCAAAGAGUCUUUCCCCACAGUGAAUUUUUUGCUAAAAUCUAACAAACCAUCAAAGCAGGCAGUGCCAAGAAUUUGGAACUUUGAUAUCAUUUUUUGGAGUUGCACAUCAAUCUGCAGUGCAGGGAGAACUAAUGGCAGAAAGAGCGGUGAUCUCUGUUAUUCAAUAUUUGGGACCAUUGUUAGCCGGUGAAGUAGAGUUGUUGAGGGGUGUUCGCAAGGAAAUGGUCAGUAUCAAAGCUGAAUUGGAGCGUAUGCACUCUUUCUUAAAAGAUGCAGAAUCAAGAGCAGAAACUGGAGAUGAAGGUGUGAAAAUAUGGGUGAAACAAGUAAGGCAAGUUGCUUAUCGGAUACAAGAUGUUAUCGAUGCACACAUUCUCUUGGUCUUGCCAAAACAACCUAGACUAUUCGGUUCCUUGCAUAAAGUCACUCGGACAAUCACUAAGCUAAAGCCACGACAUGAGAUUGCUUCUCAGAUCCAAGACAUCAAAACUACAAUCCGUGAGACCAAGGAAGGAGCUGAUCGAUAUGGAUUCAGUACUAGUACUUCGUCAGAACAUAGCAGCAGCAACAGCAAGGACAACAUGUGGCGUGACCCUCGACUGGCUUCCCUUUUCAUAGGGGACGACGAAGUCGUUGGCAUUGAAUCUCCCAAAUAUGAACUGAUAAGCAGAUUGGUUGACCAAAAUCAAUCACAACAAGCAGUGAUCUCGGUGGUUGGAAUGGGAGGAAUUGGCAAGACCACUCUUGCCAAGAAAGUUUAUGACAGCCAAUAA